GAGCCCCUGUAAGUUGUGCGCUUUCCGGUGCUGGCAGUCACAUUGCCCUUUCUGCACAGGGCAAGAUGCAGACAGUUCGGCGAGUGGUGUGCGCUAUGUCAGGCGGAGUAGACAGCUCGGUGGCAGCCCUGCUGCUCAGGAGGAGAGGUUAUGAAGUCACCGGAGUGUUUAUGAAUAACUGGGAUGCUGUGGAUGAGCAUGGUGUGUGCAGUGCAGAAAGAGACUGUGAGGAUGCAUACCGAGUUUGUAAGAAGCUUGAUAUUCCCUUUCACCAAGUGUCAUAUGUUAAGGAAUAUUGGCAUGAGGUCUUCAGUUACUUCUUGAAUGAAUAUGAGAAAGGAAGAACUCCCAAUCCUGAUAUACUGUGCAACAAGCAUAUCAAGUUUAAUCAUUUUCUUAGUUAUGCUAUAGAUAUUUUAGGUGCUGAUGCUAUUGCCACAGGCCAUUAUGCAAGAACAUCACUAGAAGAUGAAGAGAUUUUUCAGCAGAAGUACAUUAAGAGUCCUCAAAAUCUUUUUAGGAACAGAUUUGAAAUCAGACAUGAUGCUAAGCUUCUUCAAGCUGCUGACCGAAUAAAAGAUCAGACUUUCUUUCUCAGCCAGAUUUCCCAGUAUGCAUUAAGAAAAACCAUAUUUCCCCUUGGAGAGCUAACAAAAGACUUUGUUAAAAAGAUAGCAGCAGAAGCUGGAUUUCAUCAUGUUCUCAAGAGAAAAGAGAGCAUGGGGAUAUGCUUCAUUGGUGAGCGGAAUUUUGAAAACUUUAUUCUUGAGUAUUUAGAAGCCCAACCUGGAAACUUUGUAUCUGCAGAGGAUGGAAAAAUCAUGGGAAGACAUAAAGGUUGGUUUCUAUUCACACUGGGACAGAGAGCAAGGAUAGGAGGUCAGAGAGAUGCAUGGUUUGUGGUGGAUAAAGAUGUAACCACAGGCAAUGUAUAUGUGGCACCAACUACAGAUCAUCCUGCUCUUUACAGAGACCUGUUACGCACUGACCGCAUGCAUUGGCUUUCUGAAGAUCCUCCUGGUGAAUUGGUGAAGAACAAAAUGAUGGAAUGUCAUUUUAGAUUUCAACACCAGAUGGCGCUGGUGCCCUGUGUCCUAACGCUAAACCAAGAUGGCACUGUAUGGGCAACGCUGGUCAAGCCGAUAAGAGCCCUGACACCUGGACAGUUUGCAGUGUUCUACAAAGGUGAGGAAUGUCUGGGCAGUGGGAAAAUCCUGAGGUUGGGUCCCUCGGUGUACACCUUACAGCAGGGCCAGCACAGAAUGAAGUCUGACGCAAACCUGUCGACAGAGGCUGUUAAAGAGAGGGAUCCAGUAACCUGACUGCUGCAAUUUUUCCAGCUAAUUGGAAGAAUCCGUUGAAAUCAGAGCCGCCAUGCAAUUAUGGGGGAAGGAAAGCACAUGCUGUCUGUGGCAUAAUUAAGAGACAAGUUCUGACAGACCUUGCCUGACUGGCACACUACCUCUCUGCUGUUGCAAACACUAUAGCCAUUGUCUUCUGACAAAAUACACAUGUAACAAAUCUCUCUCCUGCUUUAUAGGAAACAUUAUGCAUUUUAAGAAGAAAACAGUUUGUGCAAUUGAAAGAAUGUACAUUUCUAAUAAUAUAAAUCUGUAAAUAUAUCUAAUGCAUCAAGGGGAAUAAAAUGGGUUUGUCAAAUUCUGAUCA